AGAAUAAUACGUCCUUCGUUAUAUUAUCGUUUGCAAUAGCAAAAGUAAAAAUCUUAAACCCAAAUGUAUUUGGAUAAUAAGAAAAGACGGAAGAUUUGCCUCCAAGCAUGUGGAAUGUGUAACAUGAAAAUAGUUGUUGUCGUGGUUUUCACAGGGCGAGUUCUUACCAGAUUGGUUGUGUCGACCCAUAACUAGGCUUAUGCUUACACGCCAGUUACGUCUCUGGGGCGGGCGGCUGAUAGGGUGUACAACAGGGUUCUUUCUUCGCGUCACACAUUUGUAACGUAAGCUGUCGGUCGCGCACUCGUGUGUGGUGGUGCUUCACUGAAUCUGGUAGCUCAAAACUGAGAGCUUUAGAAACAGAAGUGUCGAUUUGGGUGCUAAAAGUGUAGAUUGAACUUGAAACGAGGGUGGUGACUGUAAACGAGCACCAAAGGAACUAGAUGACAGACCUUAUUACAAACCCGGCCAACCUUGUAAGAGAUGAGUUCAAUAAAAGUAGCAGCUAACCCUCAGACAACAAGUCACACCUUCGAAUUACUUAAAGUGUACACGACUCAUCAGAAAGCAGCAGAAAACGGCAACGAAACACAGGAGCGAGCUACUAACAACGAAAACAACGAAGAAAAAAUGGUUAUAGGGGAAAAUCACAUGACUACAGAAUCUUCAGAAGUGGGAAGUCCUUUGUGCCCAUUUAACAGAUACAUUGUCUCCAAAAGCAUAAACAGCGAAAUGCAGCAAGACCAAAAUGAAGAAGAAGGAAAUAGAGGGUUUAAUCUGUGUGAUGAUGAGGAUUCAGAAGUAACUUGUACAGUAGAAUCCCGAGACAUCGACAAUCAAGACGUGGAAACACCAGGAGAGAGUGAGGCUGAAGAGUUCGUUUCGAAUUCCCGGUCUGAAUUUCCAAUGAACUCUUCUCACCGAAACAAAAGAAAGAACUUUCAACCUCGAAACAUUGUUUAUCAAUACUCUGACAGUGAAGCCGAAAAUGAUUUAUUUGUUGACUACAACGCUAGUAAGAAAACCAAAUUGUCAAUAUCUCGAGAAGUUAUUGAUUCAACCGAUUCACAAGAUUGUUCUGGUGCAGAGUCUGAGAGAAGCGAUUCUAGUCCAUGUCGAAUCCAGACAUCCAUGGUCAGUAUUCAGGGACUCAGGACAGCACACCCGAAGAAAUCCCCAUUAGGCGACAAAGAGCAGCCUCUGGAUCUCUCAAGCGAAGGCAUGGUACCCAUUCACCACAACGAGCGUCCUGCAAGUAAAGGUGACAUUUCACCGGUCGACCUAACCACUCGAAAAGAUACUACCAGCAAAAACUUUCCACAAAACGUGGGAGCUGUAAACUUGUCAAAAAACAAUGAACUGGAUAGCGCAUAUCCUCUUAUCCAAACAAGUUUACAAAGUCAUGCAUUUUUAUCGCGUUUUACGUCGCUAGGAAAUCAUUUACCUUCCACCAGGUACUUGGAUUUUAUACAACCUAGCGACCCUAGCGGCAAGGAAACAGUGCCUCCAGCUUUAGACGCCUUCCUCAUGCGAGAUUACGCGGAAUCUACGAUGAAAGAGCUUCUGGGUAUCUAUGGCCUAAAUGAUAUGGUGGACUCCAUCACCAAGAACGUGCCGUUACAAAAUUUUUCCUCAGGCAAAAUUUUAGAAAACAUGCCCUUUCCGGCAUUACAGUUUCCUUACUUUCCAAUUAUGCAACAAGCGCCAAGCUCUAUCGUCGUAAGUCAACAUUUACCUCUAGCUACCGAAGCGCCAUCUUAUGAGGUUCAUUCCUCAAGUGUCAUACCUACACUAGAAGUACCAUCAAGUGUAAGCAAAUUCACCUGUCCAACAGUGACGUCACAUUCAAAGGACGUUGUUCUUGAAUCUAUUCGAUCGAAUGCUGCUGACAGUUUGUCAAAUAUUUCACCUGUGUCAUCAAAUAAUGUGAUGAAUAUUCACAAUCCCAGGGAUAUGGCGACUAUUCUAACUCUAGCUGCUCUAGGAUCUAAAGUUGCGACUGCUAAAGCGUCUCCAGAGGGUGUUCCUACAGUUUUUCCAGCCGAAGUUUCAAGUCCAGUAUUACCCAUAAUUUCGUCAGUUACUACAACUCCUGCGCUGAUGGCCUCGCCCAAUGAAGAAUCAAUGCAAGAAACAAAAAAUAGAUUUCAUCCACUGAAGCUAAACCACGAAAAAAGCAGACCUAUGGAUUACACUCGGUACGUAAAAAGAUUUACGAAUGCAGCGGAAUGUGGAAGUAAUUACUGCAAGGACUUGAACUACCGGGAACAUUUUCAUUGUCUAGAUUGUAAUUCAAGGGUAUUUGUAAAGAAGGAGGAAAUGAUACGUCACUUCAAAUGGCAUAAAAAGCGUGACGAAUCUCUUCAACAUGGUUUUAUGCGUUACAGCCCAAUGGACGACUGUUCAGACAGGUUUACAAAUUGCUCCCAUAACCGGAAGCAAACCCAUUACCACUGCUUAAAGGAGGGUUGUGAUAAGGUCUACAUCAGCACAUCGGAUGUCCAGAUGCAUGCCAAUUACCAUCGGAAGGACUCGGCAAUUAUUCGAGAAGGAUUUCAAAGGUUUCGGGCAACCGAAGACUGUGGCACUCCAUCUUGUUCAUUCUACGAUCAACGAACAACACAUUUUCACUGUCGACGGCUAGGGUGCAGUUACAAUUUUAAAAAUAAAGCCGAUAUGGAAAAACACAAAACCUUCCAUAUUAAGGAUGAACAGUUGAACAAGGAUGGUUUCAAGAAGUUCAUGAAGCAGGAUCAUUGUUCGUUUGAGAACUGUCGAUUCUCUCGUGUAUGCAAUCACAUCCACUGUAUCCGUCCAGGGUGCACAUAUGUUCUACACUCAAGUGGACAGCUGUAUUCACAUAAAAGAAAGCACGAGAGGCGGGAAAACGAGAUGGCGUACCGCAAGUAUAGAUUGGCACAAAGCAUGAUGAAGACCAUGUCAGAGCCUGGAGCAGUACCAUCCAGCAUCGCUUCAGAACAGCUCAUGAACUUACCUGAAGAAUCUUCUGGAAGUCGAAAUUCCAGUGUUAUAUCGACUCCCAAGAAUCAGUCUUCUACUCCAGCACCCAUUCAACCAAACCUCACCAGCGACUUGCUCAACGAUAUGGAAAAUGUUGACACUUCAGUUGAUGAAAUAAGCACUUCUCACCAAGACAACACUUCAGCUUCAAGAUCUUGUUUAGAUGAUAGUCUCCCAUUGUCUUUUGCUAAUUUUACAAGCUUACCGACAUCUGUCUGUCUGAAUUUAAACGCUGAAUCAUCUUAUUCUAAACCCGACGUCAGAUGCAAUUUGGCCUCUCUAGAAGCCGUAGACUUGACCAAAGUCGUAUCUAAACCAAAGAACCCGGAUGACGCAUGGAAAAAAUACGUAACGAGCUAUACAGCGAAUACUCUCUGUAGAUCGGAGUGUGAACUAGCGUUUAAGGACCAUUUUCACUGCUCUACUGACAACUGCGACAUGAUCUUUCGAGCUGAAGAAAUCAGUGUUGCUAAGGAGCAUGUCAAAAAUCAUGAAACCCAGAACAAGAUAACAGAAGCAUACUACAUUACAGUGGAGGCUAGAUCACCAGUGUCCUGCCCUCUGGAGUGCUCACUUAAUGGCACAGAAAAGCACUAUCAUUGUAACUGGAGAGAAUGCCAAGUGGUUAUAAGCAGCAUGGACAAACCGUUCGAGCGAUUAAAUCACUACAAAGUCCAUAAGUACACUGAAAAACAGAGCCGGGAUCACGCGCCUAUGGCUUUAACCACCUCCGUUGACGGGAUUUUCAAACGAAAACGUGGACGACCACCGAAGAACAGGGUUAUAGAGUUUUCAGUACCUUCUACUCCACACAACUUUCCACAGGCGAUAUACACAAGUUUCAAACUCCCAAAGCCUACCUCCGUUCCUCAUCAAACGUUCAUGGCAACACCAUUUAGACAUUUUGGUGUUUCUGCUCCACCUCCUCCACUUCUAAUGAAAGAAUCAAAUGCAUGUUCUCUGCUUUCCUCUACCAUGUCUCCAAAUAUACAGUAUCAUUCAUCAUCGGACAUCUCUAGUCCGACGUCGCCAACAGAAGGGGUAGGCUUUGUAUUGGGAGCUUCACCAGUUUCGGGAUCAUCUAUGGAACAUGACAGCGAAACCUUGUCUUCAAUCCAGAAACUGAGUCAAAUGACCGUGGCUUCUUCAGCGCCUAUAGAGAAAGAGGAUGGAUUUUAUGUAUUUCCCAAGAACACUCCAUGCCCUGACAACUUGUGUCUUUUCCUCGAAAAUCACCAUUUCCAUUGUACUCAGCCUCGAUGUCACUUCGUCACAGAUCGAAGUGAUAUUCUUCUACUUCAUUCCAAAGAUUUUCACGACAACAUCGACAUAAUGGAAGGAUUUUUGUUUUUUGAUCGCAGUGUUGACUGCCGAUUUCUCAACUGUCAAAGCAACAAGGUUAAUCGCCAUUUCCACUGUGUUCGUCCAGGAUGUAAUUACUCGUUUGUUCGUUACAGCACCAUGAGCAUUCAUGAUCUAAAGCAUCAGAACCAAGAUGGUGGUGGAUCUGGAAACAGUCAAUCUAAACAAAAAACAUCUGUUAGUGACGAAGAGGAAUCUCAGAGCCCUAAAACGCUACCUGUAGUGACAACAGUCAUCUCUGAAGCUACCAGAAGUCCUCCAGCAACGGAGAGUUCAUAUACCAAAGCAACGAUAAUUAAAGCCAAGGGGACAUAUUAUCCUUUGUCUGCCUUUAUAAAUAAAUCGGAUUCAAACCAGAAAAGUACAGCUGGAAUGCCAGUUGUCCCUGAAGAUGAUUUUAGACCUGAUAGAGAAUGUCAAAAAUCUGUGAUGACUAUUACAUCAACUGACAGUGAUCCACCAUUGACAAAACUUCUCCAACAACCAAUUCCCAGUAUAAAAAACGCAUUUCAAGAAAUAAAUAAACAUAUUCAGUAUGGAACUUCACAAAACUGUGGACGUCCUUUCUGUAAGCUAAAGAAGAAGGAGCACUUUCACUGUAAUAUAUGCAACCAGGCUUUUUCUAGUUUCUCACGACUGAGACCACACGUAACCAAGCAUGCUGGUGGUGUAAGUCCGGUGCCAGUUUAUGUAUCAGAUCAGCUAAGUCCCAAUACAUCAUCUCAUUCAUCAGUUGCUUCUGGUCAAAAAUGUGACGAGGAAAAUGCUAGUGAAAGCGACGAUCCAGACACCGGAAAAGACCAACACCCUCGAAGCAGUAUUAAUGAAGAUAAUAGCAAUAAAACUAAUGAUAACCCUCGCCAGACGCCUCUAGCUUCAGAAGCUACUUCCAGUGUUUCAGUACCUCAGUUAUUUGCAUGGCAGCCAUUCCCUCUGACCACUAUUUCAGGUCAUCAUCUCAUAACCCCACAGGGAAUGGUACCACCAAUUUUCACAAUGCAUGGGAAGACAAUUUUUAAUCACCACAUGGCACUUGCCACUCAAGCUAAUAUUGUUGCAUCGAGUGAAGGUUUCUACGGCUCUCCACAGGUGGACUACAGUGCAAACCGAAAGAAAGAGUCAUUAGAAGUUUCAAAUAUAGCAGGUUGUAACCUUAAUAGUUCUACACAAUCUAGUAGUUCUAAUUGUAAAAAGAUGAGAAUGCAGAGUUCUCGUAUUUUAAAGGACGAGCCGGUUCCUGAAGGAUAUAUUCGUUAUCGUUUCAAUGAGGAUUGUGCUUACACGCAUUGUGGAUACCGAGAACAUCAAACCCACUUCCACUGUAUACGUACAGAUUGUGGUUAUAGUUUUUGCGACAAAACCCGAUUUGUCCAACACACAGCUCGCCACGAGCGGCUUGACACCUUAAUGGGCGGCGAUUUUGAACAGUAUCGAGCGAAUAUUAACUGUGGUCGGCCAGAUUGUAUGUAUAUGAAUACAGUAGGUGCAAUGGCAAACAAGGCCUCACAUUUUCAUUGCAGAAAAUGUGACUUUGUGUGCACUGAUACUAACAAAGUCGUUGCUCACCGCAGACAGCACCUGAAGAUAGACUGUAUAAACGCUGCAGGAUUUGAUAAGUAUACCACUUCUCAAGAUUGUAAUAUGGAAGGUUGUAACCACAACCGCAAACAGACUCACUACCACUGUCUCAAGUGCCAGUACGCUGUGUUAGGUUUAUCACAAAUGUCAGCUCACAAGUACCGCCAUAUGGAUUAAGUUGUUACCUAUUUUCUUUGUGCUUUAGAAGUUUAAUAUUUGUCAGCAUUUACUUGGCUUAUUACUAAAAUGAACACGGAGUGGACUUUAUUUAGUAAAACACUUAAAAAAUCAAACAAAAAAAAAGGAAGAGAAGUUUCUUUUACCAAAUUGCCAAUUCUGUACAAAGUAAUCCUAAUUGUGAGUCAUGGAUUUAGUAUUCUUGUUCUGCUCUUCUCCAUUCAAGUGCCAAGAAAGUACAUUAGUUGGUUGAGAGAUUGUUUGCUGAUAGAAUGUUUAUAUCAAUGACUUUACUCUAUAUGGAACCUUUAGUUGUAUCUUUGUAAAAAUCGAGAUAGUGAGAUAAGUAUGUUUAUUCUUGUGUGACAUAUCUACCUAGCCUUUAGGGCAUAGAUCACCAACAGGGUCUAAAUCAUAGGUCAUAACCUUGUACAAAAUUUACAAAACUGUGCUCAAAGCACACUGUGCAUUGUUACUUUCUUUUAGAAUGGUACUUUUCAUUCGUGAUUAUUGUAACUUAUAUAUAGGUUCUCUUCUUAUAUAUAUAUAUAUAUUUAGGUUGCUUUAUCAUCAGCUGUGACCAAGUAAUUUUAUAGUAAUUUGUAGCGCUAAAAAAGUGACCACUAUAAUUACUAGUUUUUUUUUCCCACUUCUUCCAUCUCUUUUCCCAAGAACUAUUUUUUACUUGACAGCAAUCGCAAACGAUGCAAUGCAAGUAAAAAGAUAUUUGAUUAUGUGGUAUACAAAUAUUAUAGGCAACAUAAAUACAUUGCUGAUUAGUAGAAAUGGUUAAAGCUUCUUAGUGGUUUGUUUUAUUUCUUCACAUCCUUUUAGACACCCAGCCAUUCCAAAAUGAACAAUACAUUGUGUGAAUUUGUCCAUUUUAGACUGUAAACAAAACAUUCGAGAAAAAAAUCCAAGCCUGAAUUAUUUUAUUUAGUAGUUGUUCAUUGAAAGGUUUAUCUUUCACGCCUUAGCUUUCUCUGUGUUAUUCUAAACAACGCCAUUUAUGAUUAACAUUAAUUAUUUCUUCUAUUUUCGUAGUAGGGCUCUUUCACAAUAACACGUAUUUUAAUAAAAGUAUCAUGUUACUUCUACGAAAAAUUAAUGGUAGAUGAAAUUUUAUAUAGCAUAUUCCCCUGUUAGUUAGUGGGCCUCUGAACUAAGUUUUUGGUCAGCAACUGCUUGGCAAAAUUGAAUUUCGAUGAAGUCCUCUAUAUGAAAUAGAAACGUCAUCCACGACUGACCUAAUCAGCCAGUUGCAUUCUGUACAAAAAAUAAUUUUAUGACUCAGCUGAGGUACGGAUAGGUUUAUAUUUUAGCAACUUCUUUUUAUAAAAGAGAUAUUUUAGUGUUCAAAGUAUUAUUUCUUAACCAUUUCUAAGAUUUCAAAGAAAAGGCGUUAAACUGCUGAAAUUCUGCAUUUUAAUAACUAUUACAAUCUAUUUUAAUACAUUUCAAGUUCUCCAGCUUAAAAUGUAGAAAAAUAUCUCUGCGUAUUUUAUGUACUUUUUACAACUAGGAACUCAUCGAAUAUAUAUAGAAGUUAUGUCAGGUUAUACCUUAAAGAGAAGUGUGUAUUUUAGAAAGCGCUGUAAAGUUUAAACAUGACUUUUAGAUGAUAUUAACCAAAAGACCAAACUGUACAAUAAGAUGUUUAAAUGUAAUGUCUUGGUAUUUUAAUCAAUAAUAACUAUAUAUUUUUUGUAUGUAUAUCCUCUGCAAAGUGCCUUUGGUAAAUAUCGUGACACGAUUUUAUGACUAUGCUUUAAAAUUAAGGAAAUAAGACGCAUACGAUUAAUAGGAUAUUGAUUUUUUUCCGUUUAACUAUGACCAAGUAACCAAAUGAUAUCGUUUUUGCAUUAUACUUAGGAAAAUUAUAAAAAAAUCCCUUUAAAAACCUUUUAACGUUUCUUUUUUCUACUUUGUAGAAUCCUGAGUUUUUGUUUUCUAAGGCUUAGAAACGUACACUCUGUACUUAACAAACAUCCAACGUCAAAUGAAAAUUUUUCAUACAGCUUAAGUUAUCCGUAAGCCCACAAUAGCAUAGGAAGCAAGGAGGGUCGCACCCCCUUUUCAAUCUGUCCCAGUAAAAAUGCAUCAAAAUUAGGAAAAUUACUCUCAGGAAAAUCAGAAGAAUGCAUAAAAUUUAACCCAGAACUCAAAAGAUUCCAGGGACCUAAGGCGAUCCAUGGACCCUGGCAAUGAUGAGUGCCCUUGUAGCGCACAUUCCCCCUCUUUGCUCGGUCAAAUAAACCUUCUCCCCCACUUUUAAUUUUCCUCCUUUACCUCUGGCCUACUAAUUAACAUUAACACAAGGGAGCGUUUUAAAAUGCUCAUAAGCUGCUCUUAAACUUUAAUCACAUUUUUGGAAUUCAUCUUCUCACAUUUUUAACAAUAGUUUAGGUCCAAUAUGAUAUUCAAAAACUACUUUCCAAUAACCAUGAUAUAAUUUGAGUAUCGUAUCGCUCUCAGUUAUUCAUUAUUUUGAUGUGUGGUGGAUAUCUGUAGUCACAUUAUAAAGGAAUGGGUUCUCCAGUAUUUGUUUAUAAGAAUUAAACGUGACAGAACAUUUUUUGAACCACGAUUUACAUAAAAAAUCAAAUAAGUAUAAUAAACUAACAAAUUCCUUGAAUUAAUUAAAACGUGGAAACCAAAAAAACUGGAAAAUUACUUCUAGUAUUAAUUAUACGGAGCUAUAUUGAUAUUAUCGUUCAGUGCUAUUUCUAUCUAUAUAAAAACGUAAUAAUCUUACAUUAUUUUCUAAACAAUACGUGAAUAGAAAUGUGAGACAUUAGAUUGAACUGUUAUUGUUUCUUUCUUACAAAACUCUAAACCACUCAUUUUCGAAUUUUCCAAACCUCUAGUUUACAUUCCAUAGUUUACGAACAGGAGACAGUUUGCAGUUUUAGCGUGAUAACUCAUUACACUUCUUACGCUUAAAACACAUUUCUUUUCCUUGGCUUACAUCAUACUUACUUGUAUUCGCUACUGUAAAAGGUGUUCUAGUUGUUUACAGUAAAAUGUAAUUUAUUAAUCGUAUAACUAAAUGUUUAUUACUUAUUUUGAGCAAUGUUAUGGACGUUUAUAAAUCUUUUGUCAUUUGGCUUUCAUAAAAAAAAUAGUAUAUCGCUUGUCCAACAACUGGCUAUCAUUGGGAAUAAAUUAUGUUAGAUUAUCGCCACAGAAAUAAACCUUAUUUUUCUUCUUAAUCAUAUUUUAAAUAGUGCAUAAGUAGGGUAUCUAUAAUUUCAUUUAAAAUGUGUCUUUAAGUCUAGGUUAAAAGGGCUCUUCAACUAAGACAAACAACAUCCAUUGAAUACCUCGUUAGUGGCCGAGGUGCGACCAAGGAUAUAAUGGAUCAUCCGCUAGAAGGCUCUCCAGUCAAACAACAGAACACUGUAACGCUAAAACCCCUCAACCCCUAAUCGAAUGUGAUAUUGUGCCUACCUCCGGUUUUCUCCGCGUAAUUAUUCAUUUCUGGUAAUAAUUCCACCUUCGAAUACUAGAAUCUCUUGCCAUUAAGUUAAGAAAACCAGCUGUUAACCAGAAGAUGGUCAAGCUGUUAAUCAGAAGAUGGUCCAGUUGUUAAUCAGAAGGUGGUCAAGCUGCUACUACAUCUUCAGUUGUGAAAAUGUAAAAAAAAACAUAACAGGACAUGAACUUCGAUCGUUCAAUAUAAAAGGGGCUAGAAACUUAACUUAAAGGAAUAACCUUGGACGAUUAAUUUUGGUGCUUGAUAAGUUAUGUGAGUUAGUUAAUUAUUCCAAUAAUGUUAUUAUAGAACUAUUCUUGAGAAUUUACUGUGGAUUUCAGAUUAAUUUUAGAUGUUUUUUACGUGAAUAAAAAUUUGAGUGUUAAACGUUUUCUUCUCAGAUAUUAUUAUACUCAAAAGCUAUAUACGUGUUUUUAAUUCCAGGACAUUUUAAUAUACUGAAUAGUUAUUUUUAUGACUUUUUAACUAUUUUUAGUGUAAUUUGGUGCCUUUUCCAUUGAAUUAAGGCAUAUUCAUAUCACCUUUAAACUGUUUCAAUGAACGUCACAUUUCACAGUCUUUCGUGCUACAUGGUUUUAUAGGUGUUCAUUUCAUCUGAUCCAAUUUGUGGGUCGUCCUUUUAACAUGUGUUGUUCUGGCAUGCGUACUAGAUAAAUAAAAUGAUAAUAAAUAACAUAUAUUGAUAUUAUAUA